GGCAGCACACGAGCACAAGGCUGAGCGGAGAAGUUUUGGCAUGGACUUGGGAAGACGGAGGGGCUGGAGGUUGGGAGACCCAGCGCACCGGCCGGCCGGCUGUUCCCCCACAGCACCAGCAUGCUGGCAGGCUGCUGCGUCUCCUGCUAGCUCAGCCCCCGGUGGGACCCGGUUUGGAACCACCACCUUUUAGCACCAGCCGAUGGGACUCUCCAGGUCUCCUCCUUGGAGAUAAGAUUCCCCUCCCUAAGCAGCAGCAGCAGGGGAGACGCUCCAGUGCCAGAGGGGAGGGGGAGCUGUCUCCGGCCAAGGGUGAAGGCUCUCCUCUCAGAGACCAAAGAGGUCUGUCUGACUGUCUGUCUUUGGACGCUGAUUUGCUCAGAGCGCACGGGUCUUCAGGAGCCGAAGAUGGAGAAUGAGGUUGGGAAAUCUGUGGAUAACCAAAUGGAUAAAUACAUAGUGACCAUCAUGGGGAAAUCGGAAAGCCAAAUGGAUAUUGUGGAGAAAUCAACCAGACCUGGGCAGAAGUCCUGGAGCUUUGUCACAAUCGGCCUGGCGGUGCUUCUGGUCCUCAUGACCUGUGCCGUGGUGGCGCUCAUCUUCCUGUACUCCAGCGGCAGAGAUAUGCGAAAUGGUGCCAGCCCUGAGAACGUAUGUACCACUCCAGGAUGUGUCACAGCAGCUGCCAGGAUACUUCAGAACAUGGACCCAAUGGCAGAGCCGUGCCAGAAUUUCUACCAGUACGCCUGUGGAGGCUGGCUGAAUCGGCACGUGAUCCCAGAAACAAGCUCCAGAUAUAGCAUCUUUGACAUCUUGAGGGACGAGCUAGAGAUUAUUCUCAAAGGUGUGCUGGAGACACCAGGGCAGGAAGACCGGGAAGCCUUCCGGAAGGCAAAAACACUUUAUCGGUCCUGUAUGAACGAGAGUUUUAUAGAGCAACGUGAUUCUUCACCUCUGCUAGAGGUGUUUGGUGUCAUCGGAGGCUGGCCAGUGGCUUCUGUGGACUGGAAUAUCACUAAAGAGCCAAAGUGGAGUCUGGAAGAGAAGCUCUCCUUACUGAGUUCCAGGUUCAACACACGAGUCCUCGUUGAUAUGUUUGUAUGGCAUGACGACAGAGAUUCCAGCAGAAAUAUUAUUUAUAUUGACCAGCCUGGGCUGGGAAUGCCUUCGAGAGAUUACUAUUUUAACGAUGGCAACUACCAAAGAGUCCGAGAAGCCUACUUGCAGUACAUGAUCACCGUUGCCAAAAUGAUCAGAGAAGAUCUGAAUGUCUCCAAAGACAAUGCCUUCGUCGAAGGAGAAAUUAGAGCAGUCAUGGCAUUUGAGACGGAUAUCGCAAAUGCUACGGUUCCAGCAGAAGAAAGGCAUGAUGUAACUUUGCUUUACAACAAAAUGACAGUUGCCGAACUCCAGGAAAGGUUUGAGCUGAAUGGGUUUAACUGGACCCUUUUUAUCCAAGGUGUCAUGGCUUCAGUGAACAUUGAGAUCGGCUCUGAUGAGGAGGUGGUUGUGCAUGGAGUGCCAUAUCUCCAGGAACUAAAAGCUAUCAUCUCCAGUUAUUCAGCCAGCACUAUCCAGAACUACUUGGUUUGGCGACUGGUUCUUGACAGGGUCAGCGGCUUGAGCCGGCGUUUCAAAGAUGCCCGGGCAAACUACAGGAAGGCACUUUAUGGUACCAUGGUGGAGGAAGCCCGGUGGCGCGAGUGCGUGAGCUAUGUCAACACCAACAUGGAAACUGCCGUCGGAGCACUUUACGUUAAGGAGACUUUCGCUGGAAAGAGCAAAAGAAUGGUCCGAGACCUCAUUGACAAGAUCCGCGAAGUGUUUAUUGAGACGCUGGAUGAACUGCAGUGGAUGGAUGAAACAUCAAAAGCGAAAGCCCAAGAAAAGGCCACUGCAAUUAAAGAGCAAAUAGGCUAUCCAGAUUAUAUUCUAGAAGAUCAGAAUGAAAAGCUGGACCAGGAAUAUACAAAUCUGACUUUCAGCGAACACGAGUACUUCGAGAACAUCCUGGCAAACCUCCAAGCCGGGGCGCAGAAAAGCUUGAGAAAGCUGAGAGAGAGAGUCGACCAAGACGUAUGGCUGAUUGGCGCUGCUGUCGUCAAUGCGUUCUACUCCCCCAACCGGAACCAGAUUGUUUUCCCUGCUGGGAUCCUUCAGCCCCCUUUCUUCAGCAAGCACCAACCACAGGCGCUCAACUUUGGAGGGAUCGGAAUGGUGAUAGGUCACGAGAUCACGCACGGGUUUGAUGACAAUGGUAGGAAUUUUGACAAAGAUGGCAACAUGUUUGACUGGUGGAGCAACUUUUCUGCGACACAUUUCAAGGAUCAGUCUCGCUGUAUGAUCUACCAGUAUGGGAACUAUACGUGGGAGCUGGCAGGGGGACAGAAUGUCAGUGGAAUCAACACACUUGGAGAAAACAUUGCUGACAAUGGAGGUGUCCGCCAGGCUUACAAGGCUUACCUAAAGUGGGUUGAAAGAGAAGGAAAGGAGCCAAGUUUACCUGGGUUGGAUCUGACUCAUGAACAGCUCUUCUUCCUCAAUUUCGCCCAGGUCUGGUGCGGUUCCUACAGGCCUGAAUAUGCAAGCCAAUCCAUUAAGACUGAUGUCCACAGUCCGUUAAAGUACAGGGUGAUGGGUUCCUUGCAGAACUUCGAAGCCUUUUCGGAAGCAUUCCACUGCAAAGGGGGCAUGGCCAUGCACCCGGUACAGAAGUGCAGAGUCUGGUAGCCAAAGAGACUUGAGAAUCAGCCUCAGGCUUCCGCAGCCUGAAACUCUGGACUUGUUUGGAUUUUGCCAAUGAUGUGCCUGUUGGUUUUUUAUUUUCUCCCCUCCCUCCCCGGUUGAGUCGCAGCCAAGGUUAACAGUGCAGCUAUUUCGGUCACGACAGGACGGACUACGGUUCUGAUUCUGGUGGUUCACGUGGACCAGUUAUCUUGAAAUAUCGCCUGUGUUGAAAGCUACGGUGUGCUUCAAAAGAAGAAAAACCAGACUGUUUCUAAAGACGUCGACUGUUAUUAAGAUACAUCAGGGUUUAAAAGAUUAGCUAUUUAAAAAAAAGAGAGAGACUGUUCUAUUUUUCAGUGAGUUUUAAUUUUUGCGAUUUGAAAAAAAAUCUCAUUUUUAAGGGGGGUCUUAUCCCUCCACUGAGUUAGCCUUUGUCCGAAGUUAGGAUCAAGCCACCAAUUGCUGCUUGCUGUGCAACUUCCCCUUCUUUUCCAGGCCAAUCUGCACAAAGGGCCUUGCCAGAUCAGACCAAGAGCCCGUAUAGUCAGCAUCCAGUCUCCUGCAGUGGCUAGUAAGAUGACCAAAUGGUUUAUCAAGGCAACAGUUCUUCCUCCUCCACACUCUGGGUUCCCAGGAUCCAAUAGGCAGAGAUAUAUUGCAUCUGACCAUAGAGGUUCUAUUGAACAGCUGUCCAGGGCUCUUUUUGUAGAAAAAGCCCAGCAGGAACUCAUUAGCAUAAUAGGCCACACCCAA